ACAUUUGUUGAACACUGUUAUUCAAGUUAAAAGAACCAGGCAUAUAUUUUUGGUACAGUAUGUAAAAAAAUACAGUACAUAGUAACAGUAGCAUUAAAAUACAAAAUGGCGAAAGUCCAUUUCGAAAAGGUCGUCGACAGAGGAUCGAGUUUGAAGCCGAGGACAUUUCAGCGUCGGACGUGCUUUGUUUUGCUCCUAGCACCCAGCACAACCUGAUAGAGUCAGUCAACUCAAGUUAGUCAAAAAGACUGCUAUUGAAAAAAAUGAAGCCUGCCGUGGACGAGAUGUUUCCGGAAGGAGCAGGACCGUAUGUGGAUCUGGAUGAGGCAGGAGGCAGCAGCGGCCUUCUGAUGGACCUGGCUGCUAAUGAGAAGGCAGUUCACUUGGACUUCUUCAAUGACUUUGAGGACCUUUUUGAUGACGAUGACCUGCAGUGACUCCACAACCCCGCACCCCCACACGCACUCACCUUCAUGAACAUGUCCAUAUGAAUGAAACGUGUCCCUCUCAAAUAAAACUCGGUUUCAAAAGCA